UCUCUUCUAUGUGCCAUGCGUUUUGAUGCCUUCGUGAAAAUAAAAGCCCAAUAAGACAUCGUCCCGCGCCGCCUACUUUGGUCUAAAAAGUAGUAAUAAUGAACGGGUAUUAAAGUAAUGUAGUCUGCAGAGAGUGAAUUAAGUACUGGAAGACAAAACCACCGGAUCGCAUUCCACUAACUAAAGUGUGCAACAGUUUUUAAGUCGUCCAGCACAUCCACACAUCUGUUGGUCACCAUGGCAACAGAGGAAGAUGUGGAGAGGAUGGAGACAUCAGAGGAGAAUUUCUAUGAUAACCUGGAUGACAUCAUCUCUGGGCUGGUGAAUGAGAAACUGGAGAGCAGUGAGUGGGUGGAGGGUCUGCCGCCAGGGAUGGCUGACAUAGAGAGGGAACUGGGCAACCUGGAAGACCAGCAGGCCCGUAUCCAGGACGUGUUCAGGGAGUCGGAGCAUCUGCUGGUGGUUGCCGGGGACAACCUAGCCUGGCAGCAGGCCUGGUUCAAAGAGUGGAAUGAACACAACAGGACUGGGAGCCCGGAAGAGAUGGUCGAUCUCACAGUGGAGGAUGAUGAUAUCAUGGUGGUGUCAGAGGGGCCAGCUACACAACAACAGCAAAAACAACAAAAAACACAACAGCAACAACAACAACAACAACCACCACCACAGAGACAAGAACCACAGCCUGAGCCAUCGUCCAUUCCACAGACAGCAGCUGAAGAUGUGACUCUUCCUUCCACGCCCCACCAAUCCCAGCCUGAUGGUUCAGUACCAACAGCCAAUCAGGAGUCAGGAGCACCCUCUGUGCAGCCAAUAGCAGGUCAGAAUAAGGAGCCGUUCCAAAGGAAAGUGUCAACUGCUGUGACUGGACCAUCUUCACAGCAGGUGGUUCCUGGUACAUCAGACCCUCUGACUGUGGAGCUGGCUGUAGGCAUGAGGCUCAUGGGGAAGAAAAAGGACGACAUCUGGUACCAGGGUACUCUCAUCAAGAUCGUAACUGAUGAGAAGGGAAUGAUUAAAUACAAGGUGAAGUACGAUGUGAAAGGGAAGGGUCUGCUGUCAGGGAACCACAUCGCCUUCUCUGAGACGGUGGGGCAGGGAGUACUUCACGCUGGCAGCAGGAUUGUGGGUCAAUAUGUUGAUGAGGAGGGGGACUCUGUCCAGUACCUGUACGCCGGGAUCGUGGCCGAGCUGCCGUCCAAGUCAAAUAGGUCCCGCUAUCUUAUCUUCUUUGAUGAUGGCUUUGCAACCUACCUCAGAAGGAACCAAAUACACCAGGUGUGCAAGCCGAGUACAAAUGCUUGGGAGGACGUCCACCCCAACUCCAGGGAGUUCAUCAGGGAAUACUUGCAGGGAUACCCUGAGCGAGCCAUGGUAAAGGUGAAGGUAGGGCAGAAGAUCCGUACGGAGUGGAACGGUCAGUGGUGGGAUGCUCGGGUGGACUCGGUGGACGGCAGUCUGGUGAAGAUGUACUACCCCACAGACAAGCGCUCGGAGUGGAUCUAUCGUGGGUCCACAAGGCUCUGGCCACUUUACGAAGCUUUUGCUCACCAGGAACAGGCACAGACUGGGGGAUCCAAGUCCAUCCGCAGCCACACCAUGGGGAAGACACGCGGCCCACACAUCGAGUACACACGUGCUGAGGAUGAAGAAACCAAAAGUAAGACAACAGGUGCAGCGGGGACCGUGCAGAAGAAGGCAGCCCCAACAUCAGCUCCUGCCACCUUGACUUACUUGACUGCCCCCAGUCUGUCCAAACCCCCCUCCCACAGCAGCAGCUCCACCAGUACCGUAGACUCCAGCAGCCUGUCCUUCGAGAAACUCCUGACAGAAGACAUCGAAAAGCUGCAAGCUGGUUCCAAACUGGUUCCCUCCAGCAGUGGUGAGCUGCAGAACAGUGGUGGGGGGAUGGGGAGACCUGUCGCCAACAGGGAGGCCUGGUUACAGAUCGCCGGGACCACUCAAAAAAAGACAGGGACUAGCCAGAAGUCAAACACCACUGAGCAACCAAAAGUUACCACCAGCCAGCAGUCAAGUUGGCCAGGGAAACAAGCAGUGACCAGUCAGCAGGCAAGCAGUGCAGUGAAACCGACGGUUGCCUCAACAGUGAAACAAACAGUUACCACCACCCAGUCAUCGGGCACAACAUAUCCUCAGAGACCAAGCAGGCCUCUGAAGAAGCAGGUGGCAAGAAAGAGUACUGGCCCAAAGUCAAGAAGGCCAUUUCUUGACCUUUAUACUGGAAGUACUGGCAGUAGGAAAGACAUGGCCAGUAUCCUCCAGGAGAGGUUAAUGGAGGAGGGAGAUUCUAACAGCCGUUCUAGUGAGGACAGUAUUGUGGAUAUCACCAUAGAGACUGACCCUAUGGAGGUCCCCACCCCCAAAAUAGUGAAGUUCUGCCCACAUCAGUGCACUCCGUCAUGUGUCAGUCAUGUCCGCCCAGCUAAUCCUGACCAGUACAAGGGAAGGGGACCAUUGCCACACUCCAACCCACUCAAAGUACCCAUAUUGUACCAGUGGGAGAGGUACAUCGGUAAGAAGCGCCCUGGUGGCACUCGAGAUGUCUCGUACCGGACCCCGUGUGCUCGCAUGGUGCGGAACAUACGGGAUGUCUCGCGGUAUCUGGCGCAGACCAACACAGACUUCCUGUCCAUCGACCAGUUCUGUUUCGACCCUUACGUGAUGCUGGACAACUUAAGGCCAGAGAAAUACUAUGUCAAGAUUCCAGACAUCUCCAAUGGCAACGAAGAUGUUCCCAUUUCUUGUGUUAAUGAGAUCAACAACGAACAUCCGGACAACGUUGGUUACACCAAACAGCGUCUCCCCACACCAGGGGUGGAGCUGAACCUGGACCCUGACUACCUGGUGUGUUGUGACUGCACCGACAACUGUCAGAACAAGAAGACGUGUGCCUGUCACCAGCUGACCAUCCAAGCAUACCGGUCCAGCUGCAGGAUAGGAGGCCAGGAAGACCCUGAUGCAGGGUAUAACUACCGCAGACUCACGGAGCAGCUGCCUACAGGGAUCUAUGAGUGCAACUCCAGGUGUAAAUGUAGCAAACAAUGCUACAACAGGGUGGCUCAGAAUGGCAUAGGCCUCAGGCUACAGGUGUUCCGUACAUCCAAAAGGGGCUGGGGAAUCCGCUGUUUGGAUGACAUCCCUCAGGGGGCGUUCAUCUGUAUCUACGCGGGGCAGCUGCUGACGGAGGAUACGGCCAACAAGGGGGGACACAUGUUUGGGGACGAGUACCUGGCAGAACUGGAUCACAUCGAGGUGGCAGAAAAGUUUAAGGAAGGCUAUGAGAGCGACGUUCCAGACAGCAGUGGGAGUGACAUGAAUGAAUCUGAUAGUGACUCAGACAACAGUAACUCUGGAGAGGAGCCCUCCAUCAGCUCCUCCACCUCCCCUGAACCAGACCUGGACAACAGCAGUGAUGAGGACUACAAACCUGAGAUCACAGACAAGCCAGCAGACACCGGCGGGGCCGUCAAACUCAUCCUGCGCAGAGAGUCGCGCGGGUCAACCUCCGGCAGGUCUGUGAAGCCUCAGAAAUGUGACACAGACAAGAAAGUGGAGUCCUGGAUAGAAAAGAACCUCUCUGAAAAGAAGUCAGGUGACAUGGGUAGCCAAUCAGAGAGUAGGUCGUCUUCUGGUAGGGAAACUCCUAAGCAGAUGCACCAAUCACAGGACAGCAAGCCUGGCCCAUCACAGCCAAACAAGGGAGACCUCGAGCAAUCAGAAGACACAAAUCCAUCUAAGAAGGAUUCGUCUGGUCAAGAACAGGAAAGGCACAAUAUUUUUGAUAUCAUGGAGUUUUCUGAAUCAAAAGAUGGGACCAGCAAGACUCCAGAGCAGAGCAGCGAAGGACAUAAGAAGGGAGACAUGACUCGUUCCUUCCAAGAUGCCUUAAAGGAUAUGAAUGUCUCUAUGGAAGUGUCACCCAAAAAAGCACCAGGACAGCAGGGUGCAGUGGGGGCAAAUAAAGGAUCUGCAAAGGAUGAUGGGACGACAUCUCCUGUGACAGAAAGGAAGGGCACUGGAGGAAAAGCAGGAAGAAGAGAGAGUGACAUACAAGACAAGACAGGAAAGACAGAGGGGGAAGAAAAGGAGAAGAAAGGCAAAGACGGCAGUUCCCCAGUGAGGCACUAUGGGUACCGUGUGGAUGGAGAACGUAUCAUUGGACUGAAGAGGAAACACAGGAAGAAGGUUGUUGUAAAGGCGUCCUCCUCCAGUGAGUCAGAAGAGUCCAACCUAAAAGCAGGAGGGGACUGUGAGCUGAUGAUCGUCGGUGCAACAUCGCUCGCUGUCGACAGUGGAGACGAGACGUCAGAGUCAGACAGUGAGAAGGGCUCAGACAAAGGGAAGAAGAAAAAGGAGAAAGAUCAACUCAAAGUCCCAGCCCCAGAGGACACCCAGCAGCCAGUGGCAGUACUGCAGCCCUCACCUGACAGAAGCACCAGGAAGUAUUUUGGGGAAGAACAUUGUUAUGUCAUGGAUGCCAAGGUCAUAGGCAACUGUGGCAGAUACCUCAACCAUAGCUGCUCACCAAACCUGUUUGUACAGAAUGUGUUCGUGGACACACAUGACCUUCGCUUUCCCUGGGUCGCCUUUUUCUCCAGCAAGCGCAUUCGGGGAGGCACAGAGCUGACCUGGGACUACAACUAUGAAGUAGGUAGUGUACCAGACAAGGUGCUGUACUGCUACUGUGGGUCAGAGGAAUGUCGAGGCAGGCUGCUGUGAAAAGGGUCCAGUUUUAACUGAUGCAAUUAACAUGUCCAUGCCCAUUGGUUUGGAAGGAAGCCACUUUCUUGUAUAAUCACUUGAGAUUAACUUCAAGCACACUAUUGAGUAAACAAAGAAAGUUCAAACAGCUGAAAAGGUCACUACUACUGUGUGUCACAGUGUAGAUACUUAGUCCACUUAUACAUAUUGAACUGGUUCUGGGUACCAAAACUUCAUUCAAGGUACCAAAAAAUAUAUUACAAAACAUUAGUUGUAGUGUUUUUAAACAAAAUGAGACUUUUUUCAAGUUCCAGAUGUCUGCAAUUGUAAGCAAGACACAUUAAUCUUAUAUCUACUGUAAACAUACUGUUUUUUAUAUCUAACUAAAACUAGCUGUAACUGUUAAACAAUGAUCUUACCUAUAUUAUAUCUCUUUACUAUUGCCGUUUAAGACUUGUUGCAUUGUUUUUUGAGCUGCUAAAUAAAAACAUGGUUACAGUGUUUGUAAACAUUGUCCCUGAGUCACAUGUCACUUCUGAAUCUGGAGCCUCACUGGUACGUUGUUAUAAUGCCCUUAUGAGUUCUUUACCUUUACCAUGGAGGUAGAAAAACUUAAUGCAUUAACUCAUGGUUAAACCUUGUAACAUUUUCCUACGUUACCCAAUAGCAGGGGAAAAGGUAGCCAUUUUGUUUUGGGUUUUAAUGAGUUCCAAGAAAGAUACUAGUAGUCAGAAGUAAGACCUUAGUGUUAGGUCACAUACAUGUAAAUUGUCUCUUUAUAUGGUUGAUGGCAACUUUGUAAUUUCUGUACAGGAACGAACAUUCUGUUGGACCAAAAUGUAUUGGAAUAAUAAAAAAACCU